AUGUUCCGUAGAUUACGGGCUUUAUGGAGUCCUGCACAGCGCGCCGCGAAUUCCGCGAAGGCCACGUCAGCCAUGUCGCCUGCUGACGUGUACGAGGGCUUGUUCUCCCCGCGUACGCCGAUGCCGACACGUGUCUCCCGCAUGCUAUUCGAUCGGCUACUGCGGUUCGCGCCUCCCGAGCCGCUACUGCCGAUUCUUAUAGCGAAUGCCGCGGGAUUCUAUACGGGGAUUACACUCGCGGCUAUCACAGAACAACGAUACAAGGAGGCAUAUUGGGAGGAACACCCAGGGGAGGCCGUGCCUCUGAUGCGUUCAUCGCUGUAUUUCGGCAAGUACAGAAUACGAAGAGAGGACUUCAGCGAGGAGGGGGAGGCUGGUGCUGGGGGCGGUGGUUCUGGGGGCGGUUCUGGUGCUCCUGGUUCAGGUGGUGCUGGUGGUGGAAGCAGCAGCAGUGUUAGUGAGAGCAGUUGA